GCGCCCCCCGAGCCCUCGCCCUCCCGACGCCCUCCUCCGGGGUGUAGCGCGCACCGAGGCACCCGCCGAGUUCGCGCAGGCAAGCCCGUGCCCGGCGUGGAGCUCGCUCUCGUGAGGGGCCCCCGGUCCCGCCGUUCGUCCCGGGGGCGGCCUGUGCGGAGGCUCCGGGAGACCUGCGCCCUGUCUCCGGGGACAGGGUCCGGAGGAGGCUCGCCUGCCGCGUCAGCCGGAGCAGCUGGACUCCGUGGGAGGUUGUGACGGGACAAGCGGUGGGCGAGGAAGUUUAAAGGUCUCAUGGCAGUGGCUGAAAUGCUCGUGGACCCAGUACAGAGACAUGUGGUCUUUGAGGACGUGGCCAUACAUUUCUCCCAGGAGGAGUGGGGCCUCCUUGAUGAAGCUCAGAGAGUCCUGUUCCAUCAUGUGAUGCUGGAGAACUUUGUCCUUUUGUGCUCCUUAGGUUCUUUGCAUGGAGCCCAGGAUGGAGAGCUACCUUGUGAGCAAGGUAAUUCUCUAGAAGUGCCACAGAUCAGGAUUCCAAAGCCAGAUCCAUCCAUCCUGGAGGCUCAUCCCUGUGAUACAUCUAGCCCACUCUUGACAGACAUUUUGCACCUGGAUGAGCAUGAUGGAACACACCCUGAGCAGUACACUUGUGGGACAAACCUGCACCAGCACCAAAAGGAGCAGAUCAGAGACAAACUUUGCAGAAGUGAUGAGAGGAGGCCUUCAUUUGUGAUGAACAGCAGUGUUCACAUGGCAGAGCAUACUUUCAUAUGCAGUGAAGGUGAGAAGGACUUCCCAGCCAGCACAGGCCUUCUCCAGCGCCUGGGCACUCACAGUGAGUUUAAGCCACGAAGGGACACCAAGUGCAGGGAGGCCUUUGGAACUGGAGAGAAUGAUUAUAUGUGUGCUCAGUGUGGGAAAGCCUUUAGCCAAAAACAGAUUCUUGUUCAGCACCAGAAAAUCCACACUGGAGUAAGGCCUUAUGAGUGUAGCAGAUGUGGGAUGGCCUUCAUUAGAAAAUUCCAUCUUGUUCAGCACCAGAAAACCCACACUGGAGAAAGGCCUUUUAAGUGCAAUGAAUGUGGGAAAUUCUUUAGGUACAACUCCACACUCAUUAGUCACCAGAAAGUUCAUACUGGGUUAAGCCCUUAUGAGUGCAGCAAAUGUGGGGAAUUCUUUAAGUACAAUGCCAACUUCAUGAAACAUCAGAGAAUUCAUAAUGGGGAAAGGCCUUAUGAGUGCAGAGAAUGUGGGAAAUUCUUUAGGUACAACUACAGACUAGUAAGACAUGAGAGAGUUCACACAGGAGAAAGGCCUUAUAAAUGCAGUGAGUGUGGAAAAUUUUUCAGGUACAGCUCCACAUUCAUUAGACAUCAGAGAGUUCACACUGCAGAAAGGCCUUAUGAGUGCAGUGAAUGUGGGAAAUUCUUUAGGUACAAUUCUACACUAAUUAAACACCAGAGAGUUCACACCGGAGAAAGGCCGUAUGAGUGCAGUGAAUGUGGGAAAUUCUUUCGGUAUACCUCCACGCUCAUUAGACAUCAAAGAGUUCACACUGUAGAAAGGCCUUAUGAGUGCAGCUUAUGUGGGGAAUUCUUUAGGUACAAGUCCAAGCUUAUUAAACAUUGGCAGAAUCACACUGGAGAAAGACCUUACGAAUGCAGUGAAUGUGGGAAAUCCUUUAGGUACCACUGCAGACUCAUUAGACAUAAGAGAGUUCACACUGGAGAAAGGCCUUAUGAGUGUAGCGCAUGUGGGAAAUUCUUUCGGUACAACUCCAACCUCAUUAAACAUUGGAGAAAUCACACUGGAGAGAGGCCUUAUGACUGCAGUGUAUGUGGGAAAGCAUUUAGCCACAAACAUAUACUUGUUGAGCAUCAGAAAAUCCACACUGGAGAAAGACCUUACAAGUGCAACAAAUGUCAGAAGGCCUUCGUUAGAAAGUCCCACCUGGUUCAUCACCAGAAAAUCCACAGUGAAGAUAAGCCUAUGAUUACCGUGAAUAUGGGGGAUUCUUUGGGUGCAACUCCAUCCUGUUAAUUAGAGUUCACACUGGUAAUGGCCUUAUGAGUGCAGAGAAUAUGCUAAGUCCUUUACCACUCCAAACUCAUUACACUGGAGAGAAGCCUUAGGUGUUCACACUGGAAUAGGGCCUAAAUGAGUACAGUGAGUAUGGGUAAUUGUUUGGCUACAGUUCCCCACUCAUUAAACAUGAGGAGGACUUCACAUUGGAGGAAGGCCUUCUGAGUGCAAUAAGUGUAGGAAGGUCCUAAAAUGUAACUUCAGCCCCACUACACAUCAGAGAUUUUACAGUGGAGAAUGACCUUAUGAAUGCAGCAAAUAUGAGCACAUGUUCAGCUAAAACUCUCAGCACCAAAAAGUUCACAUCAGAGAGAGUACUGCAAAUGGGGAAAGACUUCAGCCAAAAGUUUGCUCUAACUUAUCCCUGGGAACUACUGUAAUGUAGUUUUUUAAUUUAAAAUUUUGCAUUUUUAAUUGUAUAAAAUACAUGUUAAUGAAGUUUAUCCUCUACCAUUAAUUGUACAGUUUACUGUUAAAAAUCCACAUUUUUAGUUAGAACAUUUGUGCAACUAAUCUCCAGAAUUCUUUCCAUCUUGCCAAAUGAAAACGCUAUACCCAGUGAACAAUAGCUCUUCCCACCCACCCCCAACCAAUCUGGCAAUCAUGUUUUACAGUCUGUCUCUAUGAAGUCUACACUUCUGGUACUUUAUACAAGUGGAGUCAUAAAAUAUGUCUUUUUGUGUCUUUGUGACUGGCUUAUUUCACUUCGCAUAAUUUCCUCAUUUUGAAGCAUUUGCCAGCAUUUCUUUUUUAUAUGAGAAGGAAUCAGAGUUGACCCACCUAAGAUAUGGGGUAGGGUGCAUGAUGAGUCUAUACAGCUUUGCCAGACGUUAAUGAUAUUUCUAGAGGAAGAAGAGAUCUAGAUUUUAUAUGGAAUCUUUUCCUUAACAGCCUUAUUGAGGUAUGAAAUACAUUAAACUGCACUUACUAGAAGUGUAAAAUACACUUUCAUAUAUGUGUGUACAGUGGUACCAUUGCUAACAUCAUAAUAAACAUAUUUAUUGCCCCUAUAGUUUCUCUUGGCCCCUUUCUGUUCUCCCUCUCCCAACCCUACCCAAUUUGUCAUCCCCAAGUAGACAUUUAGUUACAUUUUCUAGAAUUUUAUAUAAAUGGCAUCUUAUAGUUACUCUUGAAUGGUUGUUUUCACCAAGCUCAUACAUAUAUUUAUAGUGUUAGCCAUCUUGUGUGUACAAAAGCAUGGCAUCAAAUAAGAGUAAGCAAGUCUUUGUUAUGUAUUAGAACUGCAUUGUUUAUAAACAACAAAGGUGCUUUUGUGUUCUGACAGUCACUCAGAAAAAGUUGUUUAAAGUGGGAAAGUGAUAUUUAAACUAAGUAACUUAAAGUUUCAUAUGAAUUCAUUAUCAAUAAAAAAUUUUGAACCAUC